CUGACGUCAGCGAAGGAGUCGCGAUCAAAGGCUAGCGAAGCUAAUCGUCAAAAGAAGCAAUCAUUACGCCGUCUUAUCGGCACAAAUUGGAAGGUUUAUUCAGUGCACAGCGAUCAUGUCUUCCUCGCACAUUCACCCUUGCCUUCAGUAUGCUGUCAGGUGUUCCGCGCAAGCUGUUGUCGAGGCUGCAGGCAAAGCCACCCGUCUGCAAUGUGUUGAUGCGAUGCCUCCGUAGCUUCGCGGUUCGAAAGCGUUGAUGUGGGUAGUUUAGCAUAGCGAAUGUUACAAAAUGAGGUAUUACACGUGCAACCGAAGGCUAAACGCCUCUCGCUAGCGGCCUUGGAACCAUGGAAGACAGCGGGAUCGACAGUGAUUCCAAGACGAACAGCUGUAAUGGUGGCGAUCGGCCGCAGCAAGAUCUACCGGUUCCUGUGAAGACAUUGGAUGGCUGUGAAGCGGACAUGAACGAAGCAGAAGGCGCUGAGAAAAAACCACAGGAGGCACCGCCAGAAGAACCGCAUAAGACGCCUCAGGAGCAGGCUGCAUCAAAGUCGAGAGCCCUUCAACUUCAUAGACGAUUAGAGCGGCACAUACAGCAGUCAAAGAAAAUUCGGCAGCAGACACGAAAUGCGUGCAUCGACACUCAGCCCAAAAAGACACUCCUACCACGAAGCAGGCUUCCUGUGCCCAACAAAGGCCAAGGGUCAACUGCUCAGCCAUCAGGAGACACUGAGCCUUUGGUUACAUGGAAGUCUGACAGUGAAGAGGAUUUCGAAUUUCAGCCCACUUCUAAGGCAGCUGCCCGUGAAAUCACUCAACAGCUGAUUAGAGAUGGGUAUGAUCUUGACCUGACCCCUGACGAUGAUGAUCUGGACCUUAUUCCACCAAAACCACUGACUCAGAGGUGUUCCUGCUGCAACCCAUCUCAGACAUGCUCCAUUAUGUGACCAGCUGUUGUUAAUUUGCUGACAGGAUUAUUUCUAUGUGGAAAAGACAAUCUUUUUUUGAAAGGAGGCCAUGGGGUACAGGUGUGAAUGGAUUGACUGUCCGGUUUAACAUUCCAUAUUUUUUUUCUGCUGCUGCUGCCACUAGCUACAUUCGUGUUGUUGCAACAGCUAUAGUGGAUGAACUUGUGAUGUACCGUGAUGAUUGUUGCAUGAAAUUGCACAAAACUCUAAAUUUUAUUUGCUGCCUUCCUCCUAGUCACCAGGGGAUGCUUAAAAUCUCAAAGCUGUUAUUAGAUGAUUCCACAAUGUUCAGUGGCAGGCAUUGUGUGAGCCUCAUUGCUUUUAACUGCCCUCCACUUGCCAAGGGUGUGCUUCAAGUUUUUGGACCCUGCCUCCUGAACUGGCUCAUAAUGUGCAAUUUAUUUAAUUGCAAAAAAUUGUGGAAUCUCUCCAUUUGCAAUUCUGUAUAUAAUGCCCACUAUGCUUUACUAAGACAUAAAAUCCUACUAUAUGUGCUGUGAUACAUUUGUUCAGCAUUGCACUUGAAUAAUGGUAUUGCACAGAAGAUUGGGCAGUAGAAGAACCUCGCUUGUUAUAAGGGCGACCUAUGUCUGUGGCCGUAUGGCACAUCCUCACGCAUUGGCACAAUUUUAGAUUGCGUAGCAAAUUGGUCGCAAAUUUUGCCACCAGAGGGAAUGACACAAUGAUGCAUUAAUUUUUAGGAGCCGAUAAGGUGAUUUGUGCCGCGUUACUGAAGUGCUUAUAGCCCUGCACAGCUAAAUUCGAAUCGGAGAGUAGUAUUAGAGUCACAUGGAUGUGAAACCUUUGUCAGCAGUUUUUAUGAGACAAAGGCUUUCUAUUUUGCAUCAGUCUUUCCAAUUACCUUUGAACACAUGAACCAAGUUGUCGGGUAGCACAGGCUAAGCUGAAACAUUUUGCAUUUUACUGCAGAUUUCUGCUGUAGUCAAGGUUGUGUGUGUUAGUCAAGGCAUCAUCGUGGCGGAAUCUUCACAGUGCCAGCAUUGUUUAAUGUUAGUAGAAAACAUUUCAGUGCCAAAACAAUUUUUACACCAAAACUAAAAUAUUGCUUGAUGCUCCUUUCUUGCCCUUAGUAGUGCCAUGUAAGUUUAGCGAGUGAUUUCCUAUGUGGACAUCAGACUGUUUGAACUCAACUAUAUUUUGAUUUUGAUUUGACAUUUAAGUCAAGUGGCACACGAAAUUAUGUGCUUUAAAUAUUUGAUGCUGGAACCCGCACUGCUAGUUUGAGAAAGCAAAGUUUAUCCUCAUUAUUCUGCUACAAUUGUGCUUGAAUUGAAUAAUCUGCACUUCCUUAAAACCAUGCAUUUAUCGAUAUUUGGUACUCACGAAAUGUUUCAUGACACUCAUUAUGCUUGCACUUACGAGUGUUAGCCAAAAGAAUGGCCCUUCACAUGUGUGCAUAGCAGCAAAUGUCACCAGUCUUUGCCAUUAGCAGUUCAUUCACACAUAAAAAAAAUCAACCUAUAGUUGUCAUUACUGUAGCGAUCAGUUUUACUGAUCUGUGCAGAACAGCUUUGGUUAUGAGAAUGUAAGAGUAACUUGAAAAGUUACUCCUGGAUGUGCUAAAAAUUUGUAAAAUGAUGCGAUUCUGUGUAUACUCAUUGCACUGGUUGUAACGACAGGAUCUGUGCACGGCGCUAACAUUGUUCUUAUGAAGAGUCUGUUUUAUUAUUCUGACACUCGGUGACACUACAAUUGCGAGUUGAUGCUUGUGCAUGGCAUGCUUUGUUCAUGUGAGCUUCAUCAGUAUUGUAUUGCUUCAGAACAUUUCCAUUUACUCUAGUCAUUGCCUUAUACGCAAUUUACUUGGCCACCUUGGACGCACAUGUUUUUACGUAACUGUUAUGCAUUAAAAAUGUGGUAUUUCGAUGUCUGGUGCUGUGAAUUGUGGGGAUGCUCGACUCCUACAUGUUUCCUGACGUAUGUCUUCCCUGCAUGGCUCUCACAUCUCAUGUUCAGCUUCCCCACACAGUACCCACAUGUGAUGGGGGAAGUUGGUGUUGUAGUCAUGGAGGAACGAAAAUGAUAGGAGGGAGCAUACUGCAAUGUGAUUGAAGCCAACCUCGUGGCCCAACACAUGUUCACAUGUCAAAGUUCGCGGUUUUAGUGUUCCCGCCCUGCAGGCAGAGCCAUGGCAGGGCAGAUGAACAAGCGCACACCGAAUAAGAACUACUGGCAUAGCUACUCGGAACAAACGUCGCAGCAAAUUUUGAUUCUUGCUCCGUGAUCUUGACCCAAGAGGUGACGUGUUGGGCCACCACUGCGGCUUCACGGAGCGUUCGCUUGCCAAGGCUGGUUGCAUGACGUAAUGCUCCCUCCUGUAUUUUUCCUUCCUUCAUGGUUGUAGUUAUGCAGCUGCGAUGCAAGGUGGUGUACAUGUUCCUAUGUGAGUGUCACUUGAUGGCAUUGAUAACCUGGGUGCGAGCGUAACCUGCCUCCUUCUCCUUGGCUUCGCAUUGUUGGCACGCUCAUAGGCGUGCUCUCAGGGACUAACCUGCAGGAGGCUUCUCGUUCGGUCUUGGAGUAUGGCACCGGCUCGGGCAAACACUAUUGCGCACAUGUGAUUUCAUUUGCAGAAUUGCAGCUGCGAACAACUUUGGUGUAGGACACAGGCAAGCAAUUCCUCAGUAUCCUUACAUGGUGAGUCGAACGUCAGUUUCUCAGUGCGUCUUCAUUGAGGAGCUAUUCCUUGUAUGUAGCUCAUCUAGCGGUCUUGUUGUAUAGGAGGAGCAAUAAAUGCUCUUUUUGUAUGUUCACA